AUGAUAGCCAGACCAUGGACGGAUGAUCUGCCAAAGUGCAAGAGCGCGAGUGUGGCUUCAGGUUUCAACAGAGUUGGUAGCGGUACCAACAAUGAGGAAUCGCUGUGUUUCUACUGCCAAGCCGAAGAUAAUUCGAGUCUCUAUGGAGUAUUUGAGCCCCAGAAUGGCGUUGAGGCCGCACAGUUCAUUAUGCAACGGAUGGCUGUUGAGCUGCUGUUUCCACCACCUGCACCUACAAGUUCGGAUGAGGAGAUCAGGGACAGGCUGAGGAAUGCGUUCACUUCUGUGGAGAAGGCAUACAUAGAGAAUUAUGAUGAGAUGAUAGCAGAAAGAACUAGCUUGCAGUAUCAAUUACCACCUAAUAUGACUCCACAGCAGUUUAGCAAUACAGAAAACCCAAUAGUGCUACGUCUCCGUGAAAUUGACCAACACCUAUCUGGAGGAGUUACAGUGGCAAUAGCUCUUGUAGUAAACAACAAACUGUUUGUAGCGAAUGUCGGUGAAAUUAGAGCUUUGCUGUGCAGAACGGAUGAUAACUCUGUGUUGAGAGUUGUACAGCUGACAGUUGACCAUAGUUUGAAUAAUGAAGACGAAUUGUUGAGAUUAUCACAAUUGGGGUUGGAUAUUAACAAACUUAGAAAUGUACAAUACUUAGGCAACCAAACGGGCACGCGAUGUCUCGGCAACUAUCUAGUAAAAGGGCUACACAAGGCUUUUCCCCUGCUUUGUACAGCGACCAGUGAGCCCAUAAUUUCUACUUGUGAGAUCCACGGACCUAUUGCUUUGGACCAUUAUUCCAGAUUUCUAGUCUUAGUAAGCGCAAGCGUCUACAAACGCAUCCAAGAAUCGCGAGGCAGCAGCGAACAAACAAACAAGCAGCUGGCACAAAUCAUAGUCGAAAACUUCCGCAAGACUGACAACUUCAAAACUGUCAGCCAAUCUGUAUUACAAGAGAUAGAAGAAGAAUUUAUUACUUACUGUUAUAAAAACAAUUUAACACCAAAACAUAAUCAUAUGAGUUUAAUAAUUCGCAAUUUCAAUUUUCCACUACCUAAUGUGAAAGAAGAAACGGUAACUCAAAGUAAUCCGGUACAGCGGAACGCUUCAGUAAGGUUCAAUCCAAUCGUGCAAUCGAAAUCAAAUACGUUACUAAACGAAAUCGAUACCGAACUCUCAUCGACUAAUGAAGAUAUCGAUCAAUCGAAUUCAAUUGUCGAUACAAAUAAAUCUAUCGAUUCUACGUCCGAUAUUUAUCCAGCGGAUAAGCAAUAUGAUAGAGAUAGAAAAAUUGAAGGAUACGUGGAUUUUUCAUGCUAUUUCGAGAAUGUUGCUAAAGCAAGGAAAAAUGGCACGUUGCCAAGUUUUAUUAAGUAACAUGAUUCAACACGUGUUCUUUGCCUCUGAACUUGAGUGGGACUCAAAUAACGUUGUUUAAAACAUUUACUGACAUAUAGAGUCAUAAAUUAUUAAACAUAGAUCAAACGUUUAGAAAAAAUUCACUUCGAUUUCUUUAAUAUCAAGUGACGGGGUUGCGACUGAUGGCAUAACAGUUGCAGUGCCACACAGAGCUUUAAAUCGUAAAGACCUGAGGUACUCUGCCACUGUGUUCGUCACCACGAGACAUAAGUUGGCAAGUCUGUGCCUGUAAUUUCACCAGCACCCUUACCCUUCAAAAUCGGAAUGCAGUUAAGCUAACAUUACUGCUUGGCAGCAGAAAUAGGUAAGGUGGCAGUACUUCCCCGGACGAACUCUUUCUUUCGAUUUGGAAUCCGGUUGCAUUCGAUCCAAUGUCAGAUGCCAUUCCAACUAAGUCACGGAACAAACUCAGGACUUUUUUCAUGUGCUUGUUGUAGAUAUUAUUUUUAUUUUUAACGACUUUGCCGUAACGCCAUCUAUGAGAAAUCUAUGAAAGUUU